GGAAGCCGGGCGUCCAGGAUCCCUGAUAGCGGCCCGCGAUGUCGGAUAGGGACGCGGGGCAGAGUGGAAGCUCGUCGGGGGCCCGAGCGGCGACUGUCAGCGACAUCCACGAGCUGAUGCGUCGCAAGGAGGAGAUCGAGGCUCAGAUCAAGGCCAAUUACGAAGUGCUGGAGGGCCAAAAAGGAGUUGGGAUGAACGAGCCACUCGUGGACUUCGAGGGCUACCCCCGGGCAGACGUGGACGUGUACCAGGUUCGCACCGCGAGGCACAACAUCAUCUGCCUGCAGAAUGAUCACAAAGCGGUGAUGAAGCAGGUAGAAGAGGCCCUACACCAGCUGCAUGCUCACGACAAGGAGAAGCAGGCGCGGGACUUGGCUGAGGCUCAGGAGGAGGCCAUGAGCCACAGGAUGAGCCACAAUGAGGGCCACGGCCUGUCACAGGCCUUCGCCAAAGUGAACAGCGUCAGCCCUGGCUCUCCAGCCAGCAUUGCGGGUCUGCAGGUGGAUGAUGAGAUUGUGGAGUUUGGCUCUGUGAACACCCAGAACUUCCAGUCGCUGCACAACAUUGGCAGUGUGGUGCAGCACAGCGAGGAGAAACCCCUGAAUGUGACAGUAAUCCGUAGAGGGGAGAGACAGCAGCUCAGGCUUGUUCCAACGCGCUGGGCCGGGAAAGGCCUGCUGGGCUGCAACAUCAUUCCUCUGCAAAGAUGACUGUCCCUGGGAAACAGUAACAGGAAAGCUUCUUCCCUUGCCCUGCCCGAGGGCCUGGUGGGAAUUUCCUCAUUCUCUUCACUCCCAAAGAGUAAGGAUCUGGAAGAGGCUGGAAGCCGGACGUCUAGGUGGUGGAGAUGCUGUGGCCUCCCAAUGUAUCUCUCUGGAUUAAGUCAUUAAAAACGAGAUUUGUGCUUGGCAUCUUUGGCACAUUGGGCCAUGUCCCAAAAUGGGAAUUCUCUGGAUUGUGGGCAAGUGGGCGGGAGUUAUUCUGGCAGGUGCCUAUGUGACUUUAUUCCUUUAGGAAUUUUGUUUUUCAAAUAAACACUGUUUUUGCAGUUCUGAUA